GCAUCUAAAAACCGAAUCGCUAUUACAUUUAGUCAACGCUUUGGUUAAACUGUCUCAGGAGUCGAUGGAUAUCGCGUACAACAAUCGGGAACCGUCUUUGUUUGCAGUCGCAAAGCUCUUGGAAACAGCGAUCGUAAAUCUAAACCGAAUCGAUAUUGUUUGGAAACAAAUGACAUCCCAUUUCUUAGAAGUUUGUAGUCAUCCACACAUAAAAAUGCGCGAAUGGGGUGUCGACGCUCUUUGUAAUCUUGUUAAGUCAACUCUAUCUCAAACUCAAACGGAAAGCAAGUCUGAAACAGAAGCCGACAAUAAUCGCGAGACGACGGCUACAGUCAAACAAUUUAUGUUUUUGGCUCCGCUUCAGGAGUUGUCGUAUAUAAGUCACGCCGAUAUACGACAGAAGCAAUUGGAUUGUGUUCUCCAGAUAUUGCAAUCCAAUGGCGAUGUCUUGACGUACGGCUGGACACAGAUCUUUGAG